AUGGAGGCAUCAGUUCAAAUGAAGUCUUUAUCUGAACUUAUCAUUUGUAUAGGAUCGGCCGGCGAAUCAAGAAAAAGAUGGCAAGGAUUUAGUUCCUCUCGCACACCUUCCGCCACGAGCUUGACCACUCCUCCUAGCUCGUACUCUCAUCGCAAUAUCAUCGUGCCGAAGAGGGUUACUCCUACCUCUACAGAAUGGCGGUAUGUGGGUUCUCUAGUGUCAUCUCGCGAGAGCUUGACUCCUGCUUCUCCUUCCUCCCUCAGCCCCCGAGAAUGUGCCUCCGCUACUUUUCAGUAUGGCCUCAACACUUCCCUCUCCAGGUGGAGCAGCUCCAGGUUGAGCACCAGCAGUGCACCAUUAACAGCAUUAAGUGUGCAUCGCUCGUUCAGACAACCUUACCUGGGCUGGAGAGCGGCUCAAGCAUCCAGCGGUUAUACUCCUAGUAGCGGGGGAGCUUCUAGAUCUAGCCCUGGAGUAAGUCCUGUAGCAGCAACAACCCCUCUUCAGGGUAGCAGGUCUGAGUCGCCUCGAAGAGGGUCUCAAGAACAUCAUUAUGGCUAUGGUCUCCACCAAAAUCAGAUAACGAGCGCAGCAACGUUGCGACCCGAUGGCAGCGAGACGGCGGACAGCAGCUCGCGCAUUUCUCCCUUGGCCUUGUAUGAUAAUACCACCAAUGUCUUCUUCAACAGCAGUGUUGAGAUUCCGCAUUCCGACUCCCAUGCCUUCGACCAACAGCAGCGGUUUAGUUCCGCUGAGAUGCGGCGGGACCGCUACUCAUACACUCAAUCCCUGUACAGUGGGACUGUGAUCGUGUCUCCAGGAACUGCGGAUGAUGAUAGAAGGAACUACAAUGUGGACCAGGUACCAAGAAUUGUGCCCGGCGUAGAGGAGGAGAGAUUUUCGAGUGUUAAGUCUCCUCAGCCACCUCCUAGGAUAUGGAUGGAAUCAUCAUUUGUAGGCACCAAGAAGGAUGGAUCAGAACCCGUCCUUCAACCGACGAGAUCCAUUAGGAUCGUUCCUAGUGACUCUGUUCGUGCCGGUACGGAUAAAUUUUCUAGCGCGAGAGGAAGUACUUCAUCUUCUCUGAGGGGCACUUGUGCAACCCAGACAUCCAUGGGUGAGUACGUCUUGAGAGACUUUCGUAGGUUUGGCAUAACGCUAUGAUUGUAUGUGCAGUGAAGAUAUUCCAGGCCUAUAGAAUGAAAUCAAAUUUAUCAAUCUCACUGGUGACUGGAAUUCUGAGUGCAAGCAGUAGAAGUAUUAACUUCACCUCCAGCAUGUAUAUGAGAUAACACCACCACUUAGCUGCUACUAAUAAGUUGUAGUUGGCUAGGUUUUUCUUGAUUGAUAAUUAAUAUAUUUAACAAAUAUCCUAUUCUAAUAGGAUGCUAUUUUUUGUCAUUUAUCUACUGCUGCUGCUUUUACUCCUAGAUUGUUAAGUGAUCUUCGAGAUUGGUAAACUACUUCCUUUAUCGUGAUAUUUGUACAGGAUGGAUAAGAGAACUGUUUCUAUAAAAAGAAAAUUUAUUAAAUUAAUUUUGUAAAUGGAGAGCUAUUAUAACAUUCUUUUCCAUUCGUGUAUUUUUGCUAGCGUUGUAUAGUGUAUGCGUUAUCUUUGACAUUCCUGUAGAUAAUAUUUGAAUUGCAUGCAUUCUGCAAAGAUGAUCAUUAUUUUAUUUAACUAUUUGCUUUACACUUCAUUUUGUUUAAAUGUGAUGUAUCUAUCUUAAAUUUGUUUGUCUUUUUUAUUUUUUUUAAUGUUUCAGGCCAGUCCUUUCACAUAAAGUAAACGGUCGUCAUCAUUUUAUUUUAACUUUUUAUUUUAUUCAAUCAGUUUUCAUAAUACUUCUAAAAAGCAACAGAGCUCAACAGCAAACGAAAAUACUAUGCGAGUUCGAAAGCUUCUUGUAGUACUUAUGUAAUUAAAAAAAUUGGAUUCUAGAAAGAAUUUUUAAUGUGCUUAAAGCUUGCUUUAUUUUAUAAACACUACUAAAAAAUUUGACUUUACAUUUUAAAACGUAGCAUAAUUUUUUUAUGUAGUACAGUUUUCAUAAAAUGCAUUAUUUGAAUAUAAUGGAAAAGAAUUUCAUUGUAUUUUAAUACGUUAAACAUUUUUUAAACUGAGUUCGAAUCUCGGCCACCUAAAGUCAAGUUAGGAAUAGGCUUGAGUGAGAAUAUGCUGUUGCUCGAUAUUAUAAGAUAAAAAUGAAUAUUUAAAAAGUAUGUUUUAUAAGCCCCGAAUUUAAGUAGAAGCAUUUACAUAAAAGUGCAGUUAUAUUACUACUCUACUCACAUUGACUGUGAUAAAUAAAAGAGAAUUUGGACUUCAAUUCGUUAUAACUGCUUAUUUUAGCAUUUCUGAUCUUUGCACCAAAUGGCUGCUAUUUUUAUUGUACCUCUUGUAAAAAGCAUUCAUUAUGCGCGAUUAAUUCAUUAAGUGCGUUUACUGAAUUUCGGCCUUUCUUUUUCGUCAACAAAUGGCCAUAAUGCAAUUGUUAAACGAAAAUAGGUGUAAAUAUUGGUCUUUACAGUUAAAUUAUAUUGUAGAGGUUUUUUUGGGGGGGGGGAGUCCGUUUUGGUUUUGAAUAGAAAAUCUGCAAUAAAAUUUAUUAAUUUAUAUUCUAAAUUAUUAUUUUUAAUUAGAAAUCUUUGGUACUUACAUAUUAAUGUAACCUUGGCGCAAUUUAGAGAUUUUUUAUACAAAUGGAAAGGUAAAAGUUACUUGUCGGGUGCAAGUCACGCAAACUUAGGCGACACCUGCUAUCUACCAGAUGUAUCUCAUCAUUGUUCUCUUUAGAGAUGCAUCUCAUCAUUGUUUACCGGUUGAUAAAUCCGUUGAGCUAUGUCAUACAUCCAGCAUGGUUCUCAUUUACAAGCAUUACCGGUUUCGGUGACAUGCUUCUAGUUUUAUUGCAAGUUGUGAUAAGUGACCAUUUUACCCAUGUAAAAGGACUCGCCUGAAUAUCCUCAUUUCUUGUAAAUAUGUUCAUUUGUGCAGCGAGAAAAAAAAAUUAUUGUUCAUUUUCUGCAUGAUUAUAUUUUUCAUUUUCUUUGCUUUGUUCCUCUCAGGAAUUUUCAUUAUUUUUAUUCUUUCAGUGUUAUAUUUAUGAAUGUUUCUUACUC